CCUCCCCCUUCGCCUGGGGUCCUGCUACUCACCUCCCUCUCCCUCCCUCCCUCCCGCGCUAUCUUCCCUGCUGCCCAUGAGCUCGGCCGGCACGAUCGCGCCCGGCAUCGGCGCCUCGGCUCGGGUGCCGCUGCUGGGCCUCUUUCUGCUGGCGUUGCUGCUGAUCCUGGCGCCUGGCCACGGGCAGCCGACCGACUCGCCAACCGAUGGCGUCAAUGCUCUGUUGGCCGGAGCGACAGCCCACGAGCUGACGGGUGAUCGUCAGCGGCCGCCGCUGGUGUCCGGGCCCCACCUGGACCGCGGUGUGGUUGUGUAUGAUGACUGGGCGGAUGCCCAGGCGGCUGGCGCCUCUACGGCCGCCCCCUCACAGGUCACCACCUCCUAUCGCCUGCGUCUCUUCUGCCCGAGUACCCCGGUGUAUUUGUUGUCCAUCAUGCACCGCGGACACCCGAAUGAUGAGGGGUCACGGGAAAUCGCCUUUGUCAUUACGGGCUUCCGCACACCGAGCAUUGCGGUCCUCUCCUCCUACAAUGUGGUGUACGGCCCGGACGAUGGGACUGCCCAGCCGGCCAUCUGGUUGGAAAUGGACUGCAGCUUGCUGUCCAACCAGCACCCCCGGUCGGCCAUUGUCCAUGGGGCCGAGUUUUUCGGCUUCUCCUACGUGGUCGAGGCGCUGAUCGAAUAUGGCGUCACCGCCAAGCACUUCCCGCUCAUCGAACAGAACCAUGUUCGCUUCGACGAAAUCUACCAACCCGGCAUCUCGCCGAUCUACAACUUCUACAAUCUGUCCUCAUUUUCCUGGGAGCUGUCCUAUAACCAGACGAUCAAGCAGCCACCCGGGGCCCAUCCCAGCACCGGGGGCUUCUGGUCAGACCGCGGGGUGGAUGUGGACACCCUCGGGUCCCUGCCGGCCGAUCCGCCCACCCCGCCGCGCAAGAUCCUCAACAUCAGCAUCACCAAUGCAUCCAUCGGGGCUCAGCUGGUGAUCAUUUGCGAUCCGACCGAGGACCACCUGCAUGACAGCCUGCACUUGCAAGCCGGCACACCGAUCAUCAAUCUGCGCGUGACCAAGCCUCCCUUUGGCCAGGAGCCCAUGGAGCCCCAUCCGACCAUCGCCCCUCCGGGGUCCUCCAGCAUGUCCGGCUCGGGGGAUCCCCCGGGCUCCUCUGGCUCGUCGGGUCCCUCCAGCAUGUCCGGCCCCUCGGGCCCUUCCGAUCCCCCGGGGCCAUCGGGCUCUGCUGGCUCGUCUGGCCCUUCCAGCUCGGCUGCUUCCGCUGGCGGGCCAUCCAGCUCCCUGGGCGGCUCCUCGGCUGCCGGUCUUGCGGCCCGAUCGAUGGAGCCCACGCAUCACAAUACCUCGCAUAUGCGCUUUGUCGCGGCGCGGCUGGCCAUCUCCAGUGGCGUGGGCUAUGCCUGUCCGGAUCCUUCCCUGACCACGGCCCCGGAUGACACCCGGAACCCCGGCGUCUACACCAGCACCCUGACCAGUGUCCGGCUGCUGGAGGGGGGCGGGGGGAAUUCCACGCUCGCCGGGCCUGCCAUGGUGGCUGAUCCCGAGUCGGAGCCCGUGUGCCAGGAGAAGUCCGGCCGUGCGCACCUUAUCUGGCCGAAUUUGGCCAAUGUUGACGGCGGCCCGGCAUAUGUGCUCAUGGACUAUGUGGCCACGGCCGGCGAGCGCGGCAAGAUCACCUACCAGGAGGCGGAGUUUUCCUCGAUGAAAAUCAUCAAUGGCCCCUUCAUGAUUGGCUGCAUCAAGCGCCUGCAUGUGUCCUUCGAAAUUCCCCCCAAUGAGCUGGUUUCCUGGACCAAGAUCCUGGCGGCCACGCCGCCCUGCACGGCUGACCCCACCCCUCGGGACCCGCCAUCGUCGGUUCGGAUAACCGCCUACACGGCCUGUGUUGUCGGGAUUUCCGCCGUGGCCAUGGGCAUCCUGGCGCAGCUGGUGGUCGUCCUGCGCCAGAGCCGCACCAGCAAAAAGACCAAUGCGAAGCUGGAUGCCGCCCGCGCCGGUCGCCGGAUGAUCAACCAGCAGCAGACCAACACCCGGGCCAACCAUCCUCAUCUUCAGCACCAGCAGAUGGCCGCUUCGGCUGCCUUCCCGCCGAAGAUGGUGUCCAGUCACUUUGCCGCGGCCGCCUCCCUGGACCCCAUGGCGCGCCUCAUGCCCCAGCACCAGCCGGCCUCGCUGCAGGAGGCCCAGCCGGCCCAGGUGCCGGAUCCGGCGACCGACCCCUUCCACCAGCAGUACCAGCAGUACCAGCAAUACCAGCAGUACCAGCAGUACCAGCAGUAUUUGCAAUAUCACCACCAGUACCAGCAGCAAUUCUUCCAACAGCCGCAGGACGGCAUCGGCCAGUAUGCCGCCGAUGAGCAGCCGCUGGAGGAUGGCGACUUGCAGAGUGGUGCCACAUCGCCCAACACCGAGCCAUCUCCUCGGGGAUGAGGCAAGGAGUGUCGUCCCCCCCUUCUCCGGAUUGGUCCUCCUUCUUUUUUUUUUCGUCGAUUCAAAAAGGGCCAAGACGGCAGCCGACAGGAGGAUGUCCCGACGGCCCCUGUCAGUCAAUACAAAGAUUCGCUAUUGCACUUUUUGGAGGGGUCUAUUGAACCAGCAGAACAGGGAGAGGCUGUGAGGCAUGUGAGGAGAGGCCACACCGUGGCGGCUGGUGGCGAUGGAGGGGGAGGGUGACAACACGGUGACGAGGGCAGCGGCCAAACCAGGGGCGUGGCCAAGCACCGGGGCUUUUCCCCAUCUCAGAGGACGCCCCAGAAGUCCUCGAAGGCACAGCAAAUCUUCCCCAGGACCACCGAGGCCGACAGCUCAUACUCACUGACCGAGACCAUCUCAUCGACAUAGUCAUCCUGGAUGACGCCGUGCGCGAAACAGCCCACCACAAACACGAAGGGCUCCCCAUCGGGCAGGGUCUUGACCCAGUCGUUGAUCCGGACCACCUUCUCGGCGCGGUGAUUCAUGGCUGGACGCGGGGGGACGGGGACGAGGG